AUGGUGAUUGGAACGAUAGGUCCCCGUGCGUUGGAAGGUGUCCAAGUGCUGGAUGUAGGUUGUGGAGGAGGCAUUCUUUCUGAGAAUCUUGCCAGGCUCGGCGCCACUGUCACCGGAAUCGAUGCUGCUAUGGAGAACAUAUCGGUAGCGAAGUUGCACUCGAAAGGGGAUCCUUCCUUGGCCAAAUUACUGACAUAUAAGCACAUCACAGCUGAGGAUGUUCAAGCUAGUGGUCAAACUUUUGAUGUUGUCGUAGCAUCAGAGAUAAUCGAACAUGUGGACGAUCCACAAGAGUUUGUGAAGACAUGUAGUGCAAUGGUCAAGCCAAAGGGAGUCUUCAUUGCCUCGACUAUAAACCAAACAUGGCAAGCCUAUGUUCAGACUGUUGUUCUUGCCGAGCAUGUACUCCGAUGGGUACCAGUAGGGACGCAUAUCUAUUCCAAGUUUAUAACGCCCUUCGACAUGACGGCGUAUUUGGGCCACGCCGGUCUUUCCGUAGUGGAUACUCAGGGAAUGUCGUACGAUCCGGCACUGAAGUGGAGGCUCACAGAUGACACAUCCAUAAAUUACAUCACGGCCGCGGUCAAGCCAGACUCGGGAGAUGCUGGUGCUCCGCAAUCUGCUUUGUGA